ACAGAAGCCGCUCCCUCUCUCUCGCUCUCUGCUGGAAACAUUCCCCAUUUAUUUGUCGUCUUCACUUCUUCUGGGCUUGGCAAGAAUGGAGAGAAGGCGGCAGCAGCAGCAGGGCUUCUUCUCGUCCCUUAAAACCGAGGUCGUCCGCGGACUCUCCCCCUCCCGCACACGCCCCGCCACCACAAUGCCCGGCCCCGGCCUCCUCCGCUGCAGCAACAAGAACAAGCAGCCCCACCAGUCCACCUACCUCGACUCUCUUGCCCAGAGAACCACGGGGAGCCCCGCCCUGGGGCCUCUGUUGGAAGGCCCUGAUCCCGACGAUGACCCCAGCCGCCGCAGCAGCUCCGCCUCCACCCUGGGCCAGUGGGUGAAGGAGCAGUUCUCCCGGACCAGCUCAGCGUCGGCGAGCAACAAAAGGUCGUGCGAUCUGCGGCUGAUGCUGGGGGCCCUCGGUGCUCCUCUUGCCCCCGUUCGAGUCACCUCCUCGGACCCGCUUCCCCUCCUCAGGGUCAUGGAUGCUCCCAUGGAGACGUCAUCGGCCCAAUACAUUCUACAGCAAUACAUAGCCGCUUCCGGCGGGCUGAAGCUCCGAAACACUGUCGCAUUUGCCAUGGGGAAAUUGAAGAUGAUUACCAUGGUAUGCGAGAACACCGUGAGGGUGAUAAAGGGGAGCUCGUCGCAAACGGGACGUUUUGUCCUGUGGCAAAUGAGCCCCGACAUGUGGCAUGUGGAGCUCGCCCUUGGGGACAGCACCUUCCAGGCAGGCUGCAACGGGAGGCUCGUAUGGAGGCACACACCAUGGCUCGGGUUCCACACGGCGAAAGGACCCAUUAGGCCAUUGCGCCGUGCCCUCCAGGGACUUGAUCCUCGAACCACUGCCAGUGUAUUUGCUGAUGCGAGGUGCAUUGGUGAGAAUAGGAUCAAUGGGGAGGACUGCUUUGUCCUCGAGCUCUCUGCCGACUCUCAGACUCUAAAAGCCCGGAGCGAGGGUCCUGCAGAGGUCGUAAGGCAUAUCCUGUUUGGCCACUUCAAUCAAAAAACAGGUCUCCUCGUCCGAAUAGAAGACUCCCACCUCACCCGAAUGCAGUUCACUUGUGGAGAAUCCAUCGACUGGGAAACAACCAUUGUCUCUUACCUCGAAGACUACAGGCCAGUUGAGGGCAUCAUGAUCGCCCACUCAGGCCGCUCAGUUGCGACCCUCGUCCGGUUCGAAGAGACCGCGAUGAGCCAUACAAAGACGAUGUUGGAGGAGAGUUGGACAAUUGACGAUGCUUCUUUCGAUGUCCCUGGCCAGUCUGCGGACUUCUUCAACCCUGCAGCAGAUUUAAAAUCGGAAUCCGUCGGCCAAGCUUUUGAGCUCCCACAGGUUGGCUCGUAGGGCGAAGGUUGCUGCCCUUGACAAGCUGACAAGUUGACAGGAAGGAGUUUCAUGGAGGUUGUGAUUCUUUUAGGCUGUGAAUAUCGUAGAAACAUCACACAGCACAAUAUUAUAUCCUCAUUCUUGAAGGGCAGUUUGCUUGAGGAGUUAGAACUGAUGAUGGGGGCAGUCUGCUGAUUUUCUUUGCUUACAAGGUAUAGGAGGCAGUAGCAGGGAAAAAGGAAGCUGCGAGCUUUUCUUUAUAUUUCCGUAAGAUUCUUUUUAUUUAUUUAUUUAUUUUAUUUAAAUAUUAUCUUUGGGAAGACAAGAUUGUGAACAGUAACAUUCUAUUUUGACGACAUGAUCGUCUGUCUUCAGAGGUUGAAAUAUGUAGAGAAACCAAGGUCCUUCUCGCUAUCCGGUUUGUACAUUAAGUGUAGAGAUGUUCACUCUGAUCUUUAAUGCCAACGACAAUUUCUCCUGCAU